UUUGAAUGAGACUAUAAUGAAACAAGACGAACCGGAAGUGACCUCUGACAUACCGGGUAAUUACGUCACGUGACGCUGUCAUUUCAUUCCUCUUAUUCUUUUCCAGUGAAAACGAGCGCGAUGGCCCUUUAUAGGAAAUGUAUUGUCAGUGAACAAUUUUUGAAAGAAGCUGCUGAACAAACUGCAAGUUUAAAUACUCGAAUAUCUCUUGAGAGAAAAAUGAGACAACCUUUUCUGGAUUCCCAGACAGGUGUGGCUCAAAAUCACACUACUCUGUGGCAGCAGUACAUAAACAGAUGCCCUGGUGAAAAUCAAGGACAACUGUAUUCUUAUCCUGCCAGAAGAUGGAAGAAAAGAAAGCGGGCAUUUUUCCCCACUGAAGUGAGGAUGGCCCGAGCUGGUGAUAUAGAAACUGGAGAAGCAGGGUACAAGUCCUGGUGGUGCCUUCCUGUUUCUCAGUCAUUGGACAUGCAUCAAAUUAGUGCCAUUGAAAACCCAGCUAUUCGACGUGGAGAUGAUGAUGAUCGCGAAGAUUUAAAGAGUGAAAACAGUAAGGAUAAAUGGUAUGAAGAAGUGGAAAAUAUUAGUGAGCCGCCUGAUGUUGGAGAAGGUGUGGAUUAUCAUUCAGACAUAAGUGAUUAUGAAGAGAUUAUACGGAAGAAAAAGAAAAAAGGAGGCGGGCGAGGCAGAAGGAAAGUUGACAAAGAAUCUACACCAAUUGAUGACAAAGACAAGCCAUACUGUUGCGAAGCGUGUGGGGCUCGAUACAAAACAAGACCUGGACUUGCAUAUCAUUAUACACAUUUUCAUAAUGGGAUGUUGGAUGCUGAUGAAAGCUGUGCCCCAUCUCCUCCUGCUCACAAACCACCAGUGGGUAUUUCUAUGGACAGCUAUAAUACUUUCAAUCAUACACCUGUCGCAAAAUCUAUUGAUGGCAAAGUGGCUCCAAAUAAUUACUGUGAUUUCUGCCUCGGAGACUCACAAGAGAACAAGAAGACGCGUCAGCCAGAAGGCCUAGUAUCCUGCAGUGAUUGUGGACGAUCAGGGCAUCCAUCCUGCCUGCAGUUUACUCCAAACAUGAUAAUAUCCGUGAAGAAAUAUCCUUGGCAAUGUAUUGAAUGCAAGUCUUGUGGUCUCUGUGGGACAUCCGAUAAUGAUGAACAGCUUCUGUUCUGUGAUGACUGUGACCGAGGCUAUCAUAUGUAUUGCUUGACUCCUCAGUUAUCGGAACCGCCUGAGGGUAGUUGGAGUUGCCACUUGUGCAUAGAGGAAUUCCACGGAGGUAAAAAGCCCGAGGGCAUGCAAUGAUGAUGUGGAUGCCAAGCAGUGCUGUGCAUCGGACCAUUUGUGUUCCUUCUCACCUGUUGACCAGUGCGUGGAGGAGGAGGCAUGCUACAUUCAUUACUUUUGCUGUCUUUGUCUGGAGUUCACCUCUCCUAGAUUACCGGGAAGAGCGAUGUAUCUAGCAGACUCAACUGCUACAGCUGCUGCCUUAACUCAUUUGAAUUUUUUUCAGUAGUUAUUAGGAAAAACUUUUGAAUUCUUUCCUGUAACCAAAAACCUUAACAUAUUUUUGUAUAUGUAAAACAAAAAAUUUUAAAAUAUCAAACAAAAAAAAAAGACAACAACAGUGUCCCAAUUGAGGUAGGGCUAAAUUUUAUUCCAACAGUUACCUACAUUUUUUCCCCCCCCUCGUUAAAUGUAAUAUGUAUGCUGCUAAUGGUAAUUAUCUUACUGAUAUACUUCAAAAUAAUCAUGAGUAUAAGAAUCUCAACAACAACAACAAAAAAACUUCUGCUAACGUUGCCUAAAGAAAAAAAAAUCCGAUACAGCACUAUUGUAGACAAUUGAUUCCUGUAGUAGUAAUUGUAGUAAAUAUCAAAGUCAAUAGCAUGCACAUGCCCACAUGGUUCUUCUGAAACUGAUAGUAGUACAGCACUAUAAGACUUGAAGAGGAGAAGCUGUGCUUGCCUACAUGAGCAAACAUGUGCAAUGAUGUUUUGGAUAUAACUUUAACAAUAGUCGUAUUUUGUUUGCAUUGGCUGCUAGUGUCAUUUAGUAGUUGCGUUGGCUGACUGUGCGUGUGUGUGCACAAGCAGUAGAUACCAUUUAGCCAGUUAGAUUUCUUGAAUAUAUUGUCUUCAUUAUAUUUAUAUCAUGGUUUUUCGUUUUUUUUUUUUAUCAUUUAAUGCAACUGUUAUCUUUGGACAAUAUUUUAAAAUUUAAUUAAUAUAAAGAAUUUAGUAAAGACUAGUUUAAGAAGUAUUGUUGUGUAAAUCUAAAGAACUUUGAAUUGGACCUUUUACUUCCUUCAAAAAAAUUUUGUUCUGAUUAGAUGCAAUAAUUUAAGCAUUUUAUUGAAAUAGGCUUCAGUCUUUAAAUAUUUGAGUUUGAAAUGUGUUUAGUGAGUUUUAUAUACAUUAGCUUUCUCUCUUCUCAUUUCUGUCCCCUUUUCUUGUCUGUCUCAGUCAAAAGUAUUGCUUCUUGCUUAAUAGUUUAAUGAUGUCCGAUUAGGUGCUGGCUGCUAUAAAAGUAAAAUGAAGACGACAAAGGCAACAGUGCAGAUAUAUUAGGCUGCUGCGAAGCAUAUGUACUGUUGUGCCUUACCAGUUAUUGAAUUGGCCUGUGACUGCCAGCAACACGCUAUAUGGAAUAACCAGUUUUAGAUUAUUUUUGUUACCCUUUACAUUUGUUAUAUUGAGCUAUAAAUAUGGAAUUAUAUUUAAAGUUGAAUAGAUAAAUUUCACUUAGUAUGGACAAAGAUUACUAUUUGGAAAUUAGUUUUUACACAAGUGAGACAAACAAGGAUGAGAUUAUUUUUCUAAAAAUAAAAACCAAGAAAAAUAUUUAAAAUUUAUUGGAUAAAGCAUUUCUUUUUCUUUUUUUUCUUUUU